GGUGGCGCGAGCUCAAUCAACGUUUUUAACGGCUUCCGAUAAAGUGCGCCGAAUUAAAGGUUGUUGCUGCCUUGUUUCGAUCUCAUUUGAGGAGGGAGAUUUCAGCGGCCAAUACUGCCUUCCGCUCCAAGGUUAACUUAUAAGUUAGGAAAGCAUUCAAAUCUGGGUUCAUAUAGAGUGAUCCAAUAGGAAUAUUCGGAGUGUCAGAAUUUUCAGAUGUGUUAAAAUGAUGUCCACUUUGAGUAUCCUGGUUUUCAUGUUGGUGCAAGGACAUGUGGUUUGUGACAGUGAGGUCUUUCCAGUCUCCAUUUUCGACGUAGAUUCUGUCGAACUGCAGCAGAUUGAUUCGCAGGAAAACGACGAAAUUGAGCCUCUCCAAGGAAGAAGCGCUACUGAAAGAUUAGAAGACCCCAAAGUUACCACAGACGAUAUCACCUGGAUGGAUGAAAUUAUAAAAAACUAUGGCUUCAAGAAACACCCCGUAGCUGACAUGUGGACGGAACAACCUUCCUUUGAGGGUCGUCUUGGAACCGAGAAUUUCAAGACAGCAGCAGAGAAGGCGGAGGAAUUUUUUCUGAAAUUUAACAAAAACCGUGGCAUAUCACCUUGGGAACUUUUACAAAAAGUGACAAAAAAUCAGAACUACAAACUCCUUAAAAUUACAGCCGCUAGGUAUCUUUUAGUUACUCACAUUCUUUGGCUUGUAAGUGGGAAGAAGUUAACAGCUUGCAAGGAAAAGAGAGACAAUUACACCGGCAUUCCACAAAGUUGGAAGAUUCCCGAGGGUGGAGUGUGUUUUCCUAAACCAUAUGGCAGCGCCACUUACAAAUCAGACUACGACGUCGGGCUUAUUGGAAAAGAUUCUGGAACCGUCACUCAGAAAUUUAAUAGUUAUUUUCAAACAACCUUUAAGUUACCAUCGGAGCUUGUAUUCGACACAAAUGUUUACGCCUACACUCUGGAGUUUGCCAUGCCCUCAAUGUUUCCCAACCUUCCCCCCUCAUUUACUUCCGGUCUUCGCAAAUUUGAGCAAAUGGGGAGGUACAAAAUGCAAGAACUGGCCAGUGCUUAUUACAAGGUCUUCAAGUACAACGAAGGUUCCUUUAAGGUGAUGAAGAAUGGAGCUAUUGGAAAAAUAAAAGAUAAAGAGGCGAAGAAAGAGUUGCUCGGUUGGCUUAGAGAAUUUGGAAAAAUGAACAAGCAGGUGGCCUUGAGAAAAAUGAAGAAGCAGCCACUGGCUGAGUUCAGAUUAGCCCACAAUGAGAAGUACCAGGAGUACCUGCAAAGUAUGUCACAGGGGAAAACAGGAGGUUACCAAAUACAAUCAAUAGAUUACCUCGCCAAGGCCCUCCUGUACGCUGCACAGGCAUAUCACACCCGAGGCGCCAUUCGACAUGUGGUACAGGGUCUUCAGAUGAAAGCAAUCUCCACGUGUCAAUAUUACACGCCGCUAUCAACUUACGACCUGUGGGUGUCCAUGAUUGAAAACUGGGGAGAGGUGAAUAAGGAGUACAAACACUGUAGAAACAUUUCCGUGGCGAAGUGCUUGAUGAAAAUGAGCAAGUACCUGUCGAGGAUGUUUGACGCGAUGCGAGUGAUCCGCCGUUCCCGUCUACCAAAGAAUGACAGAGAAGGAUUGUUAGACUUCGGAACAACCGACGACCCAGAGUUCGUGACUCACCUUCUACUGCGAUACCGAAAGAGUGGCAAGGAACUCUCGCCAGCAGCUAAUCAGUUUGUAAUGCUUUUUUGGAAAAAGUUCAAUUGUAAUAUUUUUAAUCCUCAUCUUUCGUAUUUUUGGUGGGAUUGUUUGAAAAAAAUCCACAAUGAAGUGAAUGCCUACAACAAAAAGUUGGCUGCCAAUGUGAACGAGAUAGAGGGGAUGGAAUUGUUUGAACCCCCUCCAAACAAUUUUUAACUAUCGUCAGAAAGACAGGUGGAAAUGAAGAAAUUCACCAAUUGAGAAAAUUGCAAAUUCUCAAACAUCACUAUAAUAUCUGAAGAAACGCUAUAAAAACGGCGUAUCCGAAAAAAAAUUUUCUCCAUUUACUCAUUUCAUAGUUACUGUGGAUCAAAUCAGUCUUUGCCUAUCGUAGUAACUCGAUUUAGAGCCCGGGCAGUUAUUAACUUCUGGUAUCUCAAGGGAAAGAGGUGUAAAUAGAAACUCUUGUUUAGGAAAUAUUUAAGCGGUUCCUUAUGCAACGAAGGAAAUUAGAGUUCGUCAUUGUGCUAGCUGGUGAAAAAGGAUCAGGUGAGGCCCGUGGCGCUAGCGAAAGAGACAACUUUUAAGGGUUGGACUGCUCGAAGCAUGCUUAGUUCUGGUCCAGAUUUUUUUACCACAAUGACAACAUAACGUGUUGUUUUAUGGCUAACUCGGGAUUAAAGUCAAACGUGCUCCAACGAUCCCGACCAAGAAAAACUACUUUACUCUAAGUACCUAACCUUAAAGCAACAAGCGAAGUUCACGAGUUUAUAUUGCACUUCGUCAAGUUAUUUUAAUCUCAUUUAUAGGAAAGAAAAAAAAUUUAAAACUCUUCCUCAAAAGCCAACAGUUGCACUAAGUAUUGUAACACCAAAGUUAGAUUUACCGCUUCUGAAAACCCAGGUAAUCAUGCUUAAAUAAAAGACUGUUGGAACCAA